AUGGUCAAAAGUGGGUCAAAGAAAGCCAGACAACUAUAUAGAUCCUUAACUGACAACACAAAGAACUCUUUUAAUUCAACAACUAAUAAUAAUAGUAGUGACGUAUCUUUUUCAAAUGUUCGACUUCCUGCCUAUGUGCAACAUGAAUUGGGCGAUCGUGCUUUACAACGUGAACAACAGGAUGAUAUUUCGUUAAGGCAUCGAGUUUCUUUUGGUCCUGCGCCGCCAAAGAGUUGGCAAUACAUAUGGCAUAAAAAUCUAGAGGGUAAGCACGAAUGUAAAGAACGAAAAAGGAAAAAACGGGUGUGGGAUGGUUCCUUAAACAAAAGUGGUAUACCAUCACUAGUUGACAUGUGUACAAAAAUUGUCACCCUCAAUAUCACUAGUUAUAAAUCACAUCCAUACUUUUCCAAAAUACCCACUCACCUUAAACAAAGAAUACUCUCCGUGGCAACCACGUAUCAUCCUUUGGAUGAUGAUCUGUUGCUGUCGUUAUUCGCCAAGGAUCGGGAAUAUGAGGAGCUGGAUCUUGCAAAUAGUACGAUCUCGUUCGAGUGCUUAAGAAAAGCGUUCUGGAAAGUUCCUAAAAAGAGAAAUAAGAGGAACAGCAAUAAUUAUAAAAGAGGAGAAACAGCAGAUGAGCAAAGUGUUGUAGAUGAUUGGGAAAGACUUGUUGACGACGAUGAUAAUUGUAAUGAUGAUUAUAGUGCAAAUAACAACAAAAUUUCGGAUGAUGAUGAAAUGCACAUAAUCCAUCUAUCACCACCUUUACUAUCAAUCUCAACCACAAAGUAUAUUUGCAUUCUACGAAAUCUUCGUCAUCUAAAUUUAUCAUUCAUUCCAAACAUAGACGCGGCAAAAUUGAGCACAUUACUUGUCACAACUUUACCACUUUUAACACACUUGUCAAUUGCUGGAUGUUUCAAUAAUUUCUCUUUAUUAAGUGACAAUGGACCUCUUGCAUUAAAUACUCUGUCGAGAGGGCUCAUUAAUCUUUUAUUUUUAGACUUGUCCUUUUGUGAUUGGGUUCAUGGACAAGUAUUGUUGGAUCGUGUUAAUUGGGCAAGAGAUUUAAGAUCGUUAAGGGUUUUGGUGGCGAUAGAAUGUGGACCAUUGGGUUUCGAUAAAGAUGUACUGACUAGUAAGAUGAAAGCUGUAGCACAGAAUGUGUUACCAUCGUACCUGUUUGUCGAUAUUAAAAUGGAAGAUCAACAAAAUAAUGCACCAAUACAUAGCUCAAAGCUUACCCGUCAAUUUUUUGCAUCGCAUAAUGUUCUGGUGAUUGAUUGGCCUGCGAACUCGCCCGAUUUAAAUCCGAUUGAGGAUCUAUGGGCCAUUCUCAGAAAAAAGUAG